AAAUGUCCAGAGGGUGAAAUAUAUAAAGGGCAGAUAAAAAAAUUAACCAAGAAUGUUCCUAACAGCCAUCAUAUUAUAGUAAAAUGGAGUGAUGGAGAAAUGUGGUCAAAUGAACAUCCAUAUAGAGGGGAAAACUCUACAGAACAUUUUAUUAAAGAACUAGAAAAUUAA